UGAACUCAAGAUGCGCUGACUUGACGUAGUUGGCACUGUGGGGCGAAGUAAGGCGCUGUCUGUGGGUCCUGAGGCAGAGGGAGCAUCCCGGAGUGGACAGUGGGGAGCGCUUCUCCCACUUCACGUGUUUUCUCUGCUGCGCUUCCAGCUGUGGACUGUGAAAACUCCCCGAGUGUCACAUUCCACUCUGUGGGCAGCCUGGGCGAGCGGAACACCUGACUUUACUGCGUCUUAGGAUUUGUUUUUUCCCAGCGGCUUGGAUCUUGGCAGAGCAGAUGUCCUGGAGGACUGCAGCCACUGAUGUCCACUGGUGUCCACUGAUGUCCUGCUUGUUGCUCAUGUAGUGCUGGACAGGGAGAGGAGGACAAGUUAGAGUGUCGCUCCUGAAGGCGGUGAGCUCCAAAUGCAUUGGCUCCUGGGCCGGGAGAAGAAAGAAGGUCUGGGUCUGUCCUCGGGUUCCUCGCCCCCAGCCGCUGCCACCAUGUUCAGCUGCGUUGGCUGCUUCUGGGUGCUCCUGUCCUCCGCCCUGGUGGCGGUCUGCAGCUUCAGCUUCAUCUCCCCCGCCUGGAUCGUUAAGGAGCAGCUGAGGAGCGGCCAGCUGCAGCAUCAGCACCACAGCUCCCAGGACUCUGUGAGCUUCGGCUUGCUGUGGCACUGCUCCGAGUCUCUGGAUCACAUGUACCGGUGCUACACCUUCGGUGGGCUGGGCAAGUUUGCAGAGAUCCCCUCCAGCUCCUGGCAGACCAGCGCCGUCCUUUGUUCAGGAGGAUGCGCCCUGCUGGCGGUCAGCUCCCUAUUGGCCAUCAUCACCAUCUUCCUGCCAGGCGGAGGCUGCGAGAGGAGGAUCUGCACCCUGGCUGGGUACAUGCAGAUGGCAUCGGUGUUCAUAAUGGCUACUGGUCUGCUGGUGUACCCUUUCGGCCUUAACUCCUCACUGGUUCGAUCUUUCUGCGGAGACGCUGACAUCUACUACGCCGGCGAGUGCCAGAUCGGCUGGGGCUACAUGCUGGCUAUCGUUGGAGUCAUGCUCACCGUCUUCUUGCCCUUCUUUGCCAAAUAUGCACCGAAGGAGCAGCUGUCCCCCACCCCUCUGCCCACUCUGUUAUAGUUCAGCCUUGUUUUUUUUUCUCUCUUUAACUCUUGACCACUUUGUACGAUCAGUACCUAAAGUCCUGAAAAGCUCCUGAGGAAGCCCCACUCAGCCAUAACUGCAGCUGAAAAUACAGAAGAAAAAAAAUCCAAAAGCCGUCUUCCUGCAUCUGUAAAGUUAUUCUUUUUUUUUAAUGUUUAAUUAAUAAAAAAGUCCAACCUCUAAAAUGUGAACUAGGUUUUAUGUUUCUGUGAAGACAUGUUGCAUCCAAAUGGAAGCAUGAUGCUACAUGGCUCCGGGGUUUCAGCGACAUUUCUGUUCAGUGCAAGUUUUUUGUGUAUAAGAAAGCUUGAUAAAGAGGCAAUAAGGACAGUUUGAGAAUUUAAGUACAUUUGAAGGAUGCAGACGGACGUAUCUGAACUUUAAACGAGUCGUCUCUAAAAUAAAUUGUGU